GCCGCCGUCGCCGCCAGAGUCCUCGCCCCGCCGCGCCGCGCUGCGCCCGGCUCGCGCUGCGCCCGCCGCUCCGCUUCCCACACCCCGCCGGGGAUUGGCAGCCACCGCCGGACAUCAGCCGCCACAGCCUGCGCCGGCGACCCGAACGCACUCGAGGCGAGCGCCGCGCACACUACCGGGGCUGUGAGGCGCUCGCGCACCGCAGACCCCGCGCGGACUGGAGCACCCAGCCGUGCGCGCCACAGCGCGGUGGCCUCGGCUGCCCGGGCCGCCCCGGAGUCGCGGACCGACGCGCGGAGCGCCGGGGAGUCCGGAGCCGAGCCCCAGCGCCGGGAUGCCGAGCACCUCCUGCCGGGGAUCGGGGGCCUGGGACGCGCCGGCCGGUGUGUGAUCGGACUCCAGGCUGGCCACAAAAGGCACUUGGACCCUGGGCUAGCAGAGCGAGGGGACAGCGCGGCCACUCGCCCCAGCGGCCCGGGACUCGGCUCGACUGGCCGGGGAAUGCGCCCGAGGACGGCGGGGCGCUAGAGCCGCGGCGGUUUCAGCGGGCGAGCGCUAAUGGGGGUGCGCUGGAGUAAGGCAGAGUGAUGCGGGGGGGCAACUCGCCUGGCACCGAGAUCGCCGCCGUGCCCUUCCCCGGACCCGGCGUCGCCCAGGAUGGCUGCCCCGAGCCAUGGACCUCGGCGGAGCUAGCGCGGAGCGCCCGACCCUCGCCUCCCGAGUCCCGGAGCCGGCUCCGCGCGGGGCCACGCGUCCCGCGGGCGCUGGUUCCUAAGGACGACGACAGCACCAGCUUUUCCUUUCUCCCUUCUCUUCCCUUCCCUGCCCCGCACUCCUCCCCCUGCUCGCUGUUGUGUGUCAGCACUUGGCUGGAGACUUCUUGAACUUGCAAGGAGAGUAGCUUGCGCUCCCCACUUCGUGCCGGUGUCUUGGCCCCAGCGGAGUCAGCCUCGCCGCCUCCCAGCCCGCCGCCCCUCCGCUGCUCGGCCUUGCCCGGCCCCGGGACGCCGUGCCCGGCGUGAAGAGAGGGACUACGCGGCCAGCACCCGGGAGAAGCAGGAGGCAAAGAAAGGGAACGGACACACGGUCCUUGCGCCAGGUCCUUGGGCCAGAGCUUUUUCCAUGUGGAGACUCUUUCAAUGGACGUGUCCCUGCGUGCUUCUUAGACGGACCGCGGUCUCCUAAAGGUCGACCAUGGUGGCCGGGACCCGCUGUCUUCUAGCGUUGCUGCUUCCCCAGGUCCUCCUGGGCGGCGCGGCCGGCCUCAUUCCGGAGCUGGGCCGCAGGAAGUUCGCGGCGUCGUCGGGCCGCCCCUCAUCCCAGCCCUCGGACGACGUCCUGAGCGAGUUCGAGUUGCGGCUGCUCAGCAUGUUCGGCCUGAAACAGAGACCCACCCCCAGCAGGGACGCCGUGGUGCCCCCCUACAUGCUGGACUUAUACCGCCGGCACUCGGGCCAGCCCGGCGCGCCCGCCCCGGACCACCGGCUGGAGAGGGCAGCCAGCCGCGCCAACACGGUGCGCAGCUUCCACCACGAAGAAUCUUUGGAAGAACUUCCAGAAACAAGUGGGAAAACAACCCGGCGAUUCUUCUUUAAUUUAAGUUCUGUCCCCACGGAGGAGUUCAUCACCUCAGCAGAACUUCAGGUUUUUCGGGAACAGAUGCAGGAAGCUUUGGGAGACAAUAGCAGUUUCCAUCACCGAAUUAAUAUUUAUGAAAUUAUAAAACCUGCAACAGCCAACUCGAAAUUCCCCGUGACCAGACUUUUGGACACUAGGCUGGUGAAUCAGAAUGCAAGCAGGUGGGAAAGUUUUGACGUCACCCCCGCUGUGAUGAGGUGGACUGCACAAGGACACACCAACCAUGGCUUCGUGGUGGAAGUGACCCACUUAGAGGAGAAACAAGGUGUCUCCAAGAGACACGUGAGGAUUAGCAGGUCUUUGCACCAAGAUGAACACAGCUGGUCACAGAUAAGGCCAUUGCUGGUGACUUUUGGCCACGAUGGGAAAGGGCAUCCCCUGCACAAAAGAGAAAAGCGUCAAGUGAAACACAAACAGCGGAAACGCCUUAAGUCCAGCUGUAAGAGACACCCUUUGUACGUGGACUUCAGCGACGUGGGGUGGAAUGACUGGAUUGUGGCCCCUCCGGGGUAUCAUGCCUUUUACUGCCACGGAGAAUGCCCUUUUCCUCUAGCUGAUCACCUGAACUCCACUAAUCACGCCAUUGUUCAGACGUUGGUCAACUCGGUUAACUCUAAGAUUCCUAAGGCGUGCUGUGUCCCAACAGAACUCAGCGCCAUCUCCAUGCUGUACCUUGAUGAAAAUGAAAAGGUUGUAUUAAAGAACUAUCAGGACAUGGUUGUGGAGGGUUGUGGGUGUCGUUAGCACAGCAUUAUUAAAUAAAGAAAUAAAUAUAUAUAUAUAUAUAUAUUUUAGAAAAAAGAAAAAAAACCCAAACAAACAAACAAAAAAAGAACUCUUCCAGUUGACACUUUAAUAUUUCCCAAUGAAGACUUUUAUUUAUGGAAUGGAAUGGAAAAAAAAAAAAACAGCUAUUUUGAAAAUAUAUUUAUAUCUACAAAAAGAAGUUGGGAAAACAAAUAUUUUAAUCAGAGAAUUAUUCCUUUAAAGAUUUAAAAUGUAUUUAGUUGUACAUUUUAUAUGGGUUCAACCCCAGCACAUGAAGUAUAAUGGUCAGAUUUAUUUUGUAUUUAUUUACUAUUAUAACCACUUUUUAGGAAAAAUAGCUAAUUUGUAUUUAUAUGUAAUCAAAAGAAGUAUCGGGUUUGUACAUAAUUUUCCAAAAAUUGUAGUUGUUUUCAGUUGUGUUAUAUUUAAGAUGAAAAGUCUACAUGGAAGGUUACUCUGGCAAAGUGCUUAGCACAUUUGCUUUUUUUUUUUUUUUUUUUGCAGCGCUACUGUUAAGUUCACAAGUUCAAGUCCAGAAAAAAAAAAGUGGAUAAUCCACUCUGCUGACUUUCAAGAUUAUUAUAUUAUUCGAUUCUCAGGAAUGUUGCAGAGUGGUUGUCCAAUCCAUGAGAAUUUACAUCCUUAUUAGGUGGAAUAUUUGGAUAAGAAUCAGACAUUGCUGAUCUAAUAUAGAACCUGCCCCCGCCCCUUAAUUUGCAGAAAGAAUAAAGCAGGAUCAAUAGAAAUUACAAGGAAAAUGAAGAACCAGCAGGAAAGUGAAUGAUGGUUUGCUGUUCUUUCCUAAACUAGUGAAACAUUUGAAGGGGCUGAUCUGGCCAAAGUAUUAAAUAAAACAUAAAAUUUCUUCAUUAUUGAUACUGUGGUCAUGUAUAUUUAAAAUUGAUAUCUCGUGGCCCUCAACAAGAGUUGGAAAUCAAUUUGUAUUUUACCUUUACCUCAUCUAGGAGCUUAUUAUUCUCCAAAGGACCCAAUUUUCUAACUUGCCCAAUACACAGCAAAACUGUGCACAUCAUGUUUUCUGCCCACCCUCUGUUCUCUGACUGAUCAGUUUGCUUUUCUUUCCAGGGUUAUGUGUUUGAACACAUUCCUCCCAAUGUUCAACCUAUUUCAGAUAAUAAAUAUCAAAGCUUUGGCAUUUCGUUCUAUAAAAUCCAACCUGUGAGAGAAAA